UUUUAUUUUGUAAAUGCAGAAUUCCAGCAAAUAUCUUUUAAACAACAAAGAGAGAUUCGGCCAAAAGACAAAUGAUUCACCUUCAAUAGCAGUAAUGAAAUGUCAUUUGUCAAACCCAGUCUUUCAGCAGUGAACAGAUAGCUGUUAGAUUAUCAGCUCCUGCUUGUUCUGAACAAACUGCUCACCUUGUGGGCCACACUAAUAGGUGCUCUUUUUCUCUCCCUUCAGAGUUUCGAUCUUUCUCCGUUGACCUGUUAGUUUGAAACAAUGAGUUUGAAAAACAAAUUAAUGCACGAGGUGCACGCUGACACUCCGAUGAAGGCAACAUCAAAAGUCUCAAUUGUGGGUGCUGGACAGGUCGGCAUGUCGUGUGCGAUUUCCAUUCUACAGCAGCAUAUCGCUGAUGAGCUGGCUCUAGUUGAUAGAGUGGCAGACAAACUGAGGGGUGAAGCUCUGGAUUUGCUACAUGGUAGCCUCUUUCUAAAAUCCAAAAUUUCAGCAGACACAGACUUUCUGGUUACGGAAGAUUCCAAGAUCUGCAUCAUCUGUGCUGGUGUAAGACAGGCAGUAGGGGAAGUCAAAAGGAGACAGCUGCAGAAAAAUGUAGCUACCUACAAGGAGAUCAUCCCUCAGCUGGUUAAGCACAGUCCAAAUGCUGUUUUGCUAAUUGUUACUAAUCCAGUGGAUAUCAUGACCUAUGUCGCCUGGAAACUGAGUGGCUUCCCAAAGCACCGUGUGAUUGGCACAGGCACAGACUUGGACACUGCUAGAUUUCGCUUCUUAUUGGGUGCAAAGCUGAGGAUUAAUCCAGUCAGUGUCCACGCCUACAUCAUUGGUGAACAAGGAGAUGAAAGUGUUGCUAUUUGGAGCAGUGCAAAUGUGGCUGGUGUCAACUUGGAGUCUUUGGAUGAAAAGCUUGCAAGUGAACAGGGAGAUCAGAUCCAUAAAAAGGUUAUAGAAAGCACCCAUGAUGUCAUAAGGCUGAAAGGAUACACUUCUUGGGCUAUUGGUUUAAGUGUGGCCAGUAUUGUGAAUGCAAUUUUGAAAAACAUUCGAUCCAUCCAUCUGGUGUCCAUCAAUGCAAAAGAUGAGCACAAUAUCACAAACGAUGUCUUUCUCAGUCUCCCCUGUGUCCUGGGAAUAACGGGAGUAUGUGGAAUCUUGAGACAACGGCUCAAGGAGAAAGAAGAAACAAAACUGAAAAACAGCGUGGAAAAUCUUUUGAAGAUCCAGCGGGAAAUCGCAUUGUGA